GAGGACACAGCUUGUUAGGGAUGGGUGUGGGGGCUCCUCCCUCUCUACAAAGUCAUUGCUCUGGCCUGAGGAAAGCAGGAUUGCUCACAUGUCGGGAAAGAGACUUCAAUGUACACCCAACUCAAUGAGCUUCACUGAUCUGUUCUCCCAUUAACACCAAGGAUUUUGAAGGGGGCAAGGUUAGAAAUUGUGUGGCAUUGUUCAUAAUUUUCAGUCUUUCCUGAACUCAGGAGAGGUGCCAGAAGACUGGAGAAGUAUAAACAUUACAAUCCUGUUCAAGAAAUGAUGUAAGGUGCCACCAGACCAGCUGAGGUUCUCCACACCUUUUCUGAUUUCUUUUAGAUUUCCGGCAUUUAGAGAAUUUUGCUUUUAACACAAUUUUGGGGAAAUUGGAAGAAAAUGUGAUUUGCUGAAUGGUCCUGUUGGCCUGAGUUAAACAGGAAUUCAUAAGCUGUUCAGAGAUCAGGAGGAAGCUACUGGAGAUCAAGGAAACACUGAAUAACAAUUAGGAAAAUGGAAACCAAGCUACAGAACAAUUCUGCUCAUUCUGAGAUUGAGUACAUCUUGGAGAGAAGCUAUCAGUUUUGUGGACAACAUCUAUGGAUCAGUCAGAGCUCAAAUGCCCAGAUUGGGACUUCUGCUUUCGUAUGGGAAGCUGGUCUUGCUCUGUGUGAGUAUAUUGAAGAACAGAGGAUAAUCUUUAAUGGCAUGAAGGUGAUCGAACUGGGUGCAGGAACUGGAAUAUUAGGAAUCUUAGCAGUUCUGCUAGGAGGAAAUGUGACAAUUACAGACCAACCAAAUGUUUUAAAGCAAAUUGAACGUAACGUUAUUGCCAGCAUCUCACCAUCUUGUAGAGAUCGGGUCAAUAUCCGUGCCCUAUCCUGGGGUCAUGAUCACACUCAGUUUCCACGUGACUAUGACUUCAUUCUUGGUGGAGAAAUUGUCUAUUUUUCAAAGACCUAUCCCUUACUAAUAAAGACUCUACAACAUCUCAGUAGUGAAAGAACUAUCAUUUAUCUUUCUUCGAAAAUGUGGCAGGACUUUCAGAUCAACAAAUUCUAUGAAGACAUUCUACCUGAGCAUUUUAAUUGCGAACUGGUUUACAGAAAUGAAGAAGAUGACAUCAACGUGUAUAAAGUGACCAAAAAAAGUCCAAGCUCUGGGGAUUAGCUGUUAACACAGAGAGGCAAAUGGAUGUAUUAUGUAACUCGGCUCUCUGUAUCCUUGAUGAUAUUUUUCAAUCAUUAUCUAUCUAAAUGUCAGUUUGAAGAAAUACUGUUCUGAUCAUUUAUGCCAUUGUUUUCCUUGUUUGCAUUUUGGAUGAUUUUCCAGCCCUCCUCAGAUUCUCUACCUCACCCAAGGCCCUUUCUCAUGUGUGAAAUUAGGCUAUGAGAAUGAGUGGGAAUUAACCAAAUUCGGUACUAUGUCAGCAUUAUCAGACAUCACAAGAUACAAAUGGCAUUGGGAAUAUUUGCUGAUUUUUAUUUUUCUGCCAGGAGUACUGAUCCUUUCCUGUUGCUCUGGUAGAAAUCAGCAAACUAAUUGCUGACUUUCAAAUUGGAGGUUGUUGACUUGUAUGCAUCAGUCAUUGCCUGACAAAGCGGUGUAGUAAUUAAUAAAGUUGAGGGGGUGGCACAGUGGCUCAGUUGAUAGCACUGCUGCCUCACAACA